AUGGAGGCCAGAGUGCUGUGGCUGCUGGUGGCGGUCCUGGCCUGCGGGUUCUCCAGGUUGGCCGGGGAGUACGUGGGCCUGUCUGCAAACCAGUGUGCCGUCCCGGCCGAAGACAGGGUGGACUGCGGCUACCCCGAGAUCACCUCGGAGCAGUGCAACAACAGGGGCUGCUGCUUCGACUCGAGCAUCCCCCGGGUGCCCUGGUGCUUUACGCCGCUGCGGGAGACAGGCUGUCCCCAUUCAUUUGGCUCCUCGGCCAGGGAUGACACCUACCGCUUUGAGCACUGGGCGACCCUGCCGAGGCCCAUGUCAUUUAUCAUCUGCCGCUAUCCCCUGAGUCUUGAAUGCAACUUUUGA